AUGGUGCCAAAGAGUAUGGUCAAUGGCAUUAUCACUGCAGAAGCCACAACGAAUGAGGCAGGCAUUCAUACUGGAACAGUUAUUGAUGCUGGCAUAGGCGGCGAUGCUAAUAUGGGAUUGGGUUGGGAGGCAACAAUUGUCAUAGAGAAAAGUUCGGCUGUUGUUGUUACUGGGCACCAAUUUUUAAAAGGCAGGUCAAUUGGUGAUUCCAACGCUGUGAGCUGGACCAUUAUGGAAAACCAGAUGGUCAAAGCAGGUGUUCCGCCAUAUCUGCAAACAGCCAUUCUGCUCAAGCGAAAAACCAAUGAGAUUUUCAAGGCCAAUAUCAAUGUCAAGACCGAUGUUUCUGGGUUUUCAUUUCGGAGUCUACAAGAUGGUAUCUUGGAGAGUGAAGAUGACCCUGUGAUAUUUGAUCCCACUGCAAAUCCUCUUAUGCCCACGGAAGUAAGAGAUGUGGAUCUGCACAACCUAGGAUCCGUUGAUCUCUCCCAAUUUUAUCGACUACGGGAUUUUAUCGACAACGAAGACAUCCCGAGACGUGGAAACAUUGGCCAGACUGUCAGAGACCUUUUCCCAAAGGACGAAAAAGUGGACGAAAAGAGCGAAUCAUGGUUUAUUGACCUCUGGGACAAUAACACUGCUGCUGAUGAACGGGAAAUACUGCCGAAAACGAUAGAUCGAGACCACUUGGAGAAGUACUUUUCUUGGAUAUCUGAGACACCUAAUACCGAGACCCCAGCAUCGAUCACACAAGCGGAACGAGAAGGACAACCCGCGCAGCCACAGCCACAACGUACUCAAUUCUGUAACUUGAUUGCAAGGCAAUCAAGUGAGGAUAGACUCACCAGCUUCAGCAAGUUGGAAACUCUUCUUAACGAACCCCCUGUCGCGUUACUCUCAGACUUCUUCGAUCUCCCGGACGACUUUGAGAUUUCUCGACGGCACGACCGAGGAGGCUGCCAAGUAUUCGAUAACAAAGAAGGCGGCAAAGAUUUUAAGCUAUACAUCAUUCAAACACCGUUCUACAAUACAGGUUUCUGGUCCUUACUUCUCUAUUGUAUGGCCGAUAGCGGUGCGGCAGGGGAGUCUAGCAAACUGUCUGGUGUCAUUCAAGCAGAUGCAGGCGUUGACUUGAGAAACAUCUUCUGCGACGUUCGUGAUCUGGUGGGUAGGCAUGGCCAUCAUCAGACUCUAUUGCCAGUGCAGCUGUUCAAGUCACACUACGAAGCUACCCUUGCCGCGUUUAAUUCCAUUCAAACAGAUGUGGCCAUGGUUGACGAUGAGCUCCUACAACAGUUUGAGGAAGAAGGCAAGAUGGAUGAUGCCAGUAAGCUGUAUCGGAAAUUGAGCAUGACAUUGCACAAGUGUAGCAUGAACCUUGCUGAACUUGGUCGACGAAGAAAGUUUGAGGAAGAGCUCGGGAAAAAGCUGCAGGAUGAUUUGCAGAAUGACAGUAAGCUUAGGGUCGUGGUGGAGAUAUACUCAAGAAUGUCCAAGAGCAGGGACUCAGAUAUAGAGAGUCUGCCUGGAAAGAUUGAGAGUCAACGUAAUGUCCUAUUCAACUUAAUUACGCAGCACGACAGCUAUCUACAGGCUCGCCUGGCGAGAGAAUCGCUACGGGACUCGAAGGCGAUGAAGACUCUCUCUAUCUUGACGAUUCUGUUCCUACCCGGAGCUUUCAUCGCCACAGUCUUCUCUACCAACAUGUUCGAUUUCAAAUCCAACAACCAGCAAGUAAGGAUUUACUUUGCGAUUGUGAUCCCUCUCACCGCUGUUUUGAUGAUCGGUUGGCUACUGUGGUUGAAUAACACACCCGAGAGAGCUGAUGUGGAAUCUGUGCGCCAGUACCGGCCACUCAUACCUAUGAACUGGCCAAAAGGAGGAAAGGAAGACUGA